GCAAUCUACGACGGCCUUACUCGUACCUUCUCUUCUUGUGAUCCUCACGACUAACUCAGUAUAGCAAUAUGAGUCGAAGAAACAACGCUGUGCGUGGCCCGACGUCGGCGCUCACAGAAUUUUUGCGUGAAUCUGGUAUAACGCCCACAACAAUAGCACGUAGGGUGCAGACCCGUGCAGCAAACGAAGCUCAGGCAGCGGCGCGCCCUGCCGCAGGGCCAAGCAACCAGGCUCAGCAGGAAGAUGGGGACGUGGUUAUGGAGGAGGCGCAGUCAUCGCUGCCUGUAGAUGGCUAUGCGUCAGAUAAUUUAGACGAGCCCGAUGAGCCCGCACCAAAGAAGCGUAGGCAGAAUAAGGCUACCGAAGCGAAGCAGAAGGAGAAAGAGAAGGCCAAGGCCAAGAAAAGGGCCAACAAGGGGGACGAUGACGACUACGAGGACGACGGACAUGAGGACCCCUACUCCGCUCUAUCAAAGAUGUGGAAGGGCGACCUGCCGAAGCCCCCCAUAGGCAGUUUCGAGAAAUGCGCACGAUGCGAGAAGCAAUUCACUGUGACAAAGUAUACAUUGGCUGCGAAUCCUCCGCCAGGCUGGUUGUGCCAUAUAUGCGCUAAGUCCUCUGGCGCCGAUCCCUUCAAGAAGCCUGCUGCGCCUCGCAAGCGUAAGCCUGCAGCUGAUAAACGUAACGUUGUGAGCUAUGAGGAACGACGGUUCCCCAGCCUCGCGUCUGUUUGUAUUGAUGUGAUCAGUAAGCACAUAGACGAUGUGGAAGCUCUAGGUGAUAUUGGAACGAUGAACGUGGAAGAAAUUGCGAGGGCGUUGGCAAAGAACAGACGCUUGACACCUGAGAAUGUGAUGCUCUUCUACGACAUCGAGAAUGUCCGUCUGACGCUAUACGAUGCUACUAAUCUGAAGUCGCCUGCUCUGUGCGCACUUGCAUCCUUGAAUCCCAACCUUACCCAUCUACGCAUAGAGUUCUGUGGACACAUGGACGACGCCGUGAUCAAUACGUGGGCCACGUCGAUGCCUCACCUCAAGCGUCUCGAGCUCUUAGGGCCCUUCCUGGUGCGCCCUCCUGCUUGGCAGGCCUUCCUUGAGGCGCAUCCUGGCCUCGAAGGCUUUCUCAUCAUACAAAGCCCUCGCUUUGACAUCGAGUGUGUCCGAGUGCUCGUCGAGAGCUGCCGGAAUCUCAAGGAACUACGACUUCAAGAGAUCGGCCAGAUGUCGGACGCCUUUCUCGAGUGCAUCAAGCCGCUAGGGGGCCAACUCAUCUACCUCGACCUCUCUAAGCCCGGCAUCGGGGACGCCGUGAGCGAGAAGGCGCUUAUCUCGAUGCUCGAAGCCGUCGGAGACGCGCUCGAGUACCUCGACCUCUCCGGUCACCUGAACAUCACCGACGCGCUCCUCUUUCGUGGGCUUAAGCCGCACGUGCCGAACUUGUCCUCGCUCGUUCUGAACAACACCCCGGACUUAACAGACGCCGGGGUCGCAGAGUUCUUCGACAACUGGAACGCCGCGCGACUUUCCCGGUUCAGCAUGCGCGGGAACCAUGGCCUCGCUGAUGCGGCGAUCGGGGCGCUCCUCAACCACUCCGGCAGCGAGCUGACGCACUUGGACAUCAACGGCUGGAAGGACCUCACUGAGGACGGGCUGAAGGGUAUUCCCGCGAUUGCGACGAACUUGAAGCGCCUCGACGUGGGUUUCUGCAGAGCAGUUGACGAUUUCUUCGUGAAGAGUGUGCUGGAGCGAUGUGUGGAUAUUGAGGAGAUCAUGGUGUGGGCUUGCCAAAGGCUGACGGAGCAUUGCCCUCGGAAGAGAAAUGUCAAGAUAGAAGGUCUAGAGCUAUCAAAUUAGCUGUCAGUGUCAAUCGUGCUUACUAUAUCUGCUUACCAGUUGCUAUAGAUUCGUUAGCUGACGUUCUCUGCUAUGUAUCUCCUCUUAUACUUAC